AUGAGGGGGUCUUUUCUUUUGCUUUUUUUAUUGGUUUCUGGGUGUUUGUGUUAUGGUAAUGCCAAGAAUGUAGAGGUUGUUGGUAUUGGAGAAUGUGCUGAUUGUAAAGAGAAUAACAUCGACACAAUCCAUGCAGUGUCAGGGCUAAAAGUGACAAUUGACUGCAAGCUUCAAGAUGGUAAGUUCAAAACAAGAGGGGUUGGAAAGUUAAACGAAGAAGGACACUUCAAGAUCUCUCUUCCUCAAGAAAUCUUAAAAGAUGAAAAGUUGGGUGAAGAAUGCUACGUACAACUCCACAAUGCAGCAAAUGCACCUUGUGCAAUUCACAGUGGAUUAGAAGCUUCUAAAAUUAGUUUCCUCUCAAAGUCCGAUAAAACACACACAUUCGGACCCAACGGAAAACUUAAAUUCUCAUCGGCGGUUUGCACCUCCGCUUUCUUUUGGCCGGGAUACAAACACCCGUCUAUCCCAAAACCGUCGUUCCCAAAAGAACACCCUUGGUUAAAGAAAUUCGGCCACAUUUUCAAAAAACCAUGUCCGCCGCUUCCACCAAAGAUCCUCCCUCCUGUCCCCACAAUACCCAUCAAAAAGCCAUGUCCGCCACCGGUUCCCGUCUACAAACCAACACCUAAGCCGGAGCCACCGGUUUACAAACCAGAACCCAAGCCAACACCGCCGGUUUACAAACCAGAGCCAAAGCCUACGCCGCCUGUUUACAAGCCAAAGCCAACGCCGCCUGUUUACAAGCCAAAGCCGACGCCGCCGGUCUACAAGCCUGAGCCAAAGCCAACGCCGCCGGUAUACAAGCCUGAGCCGAAGCCAACGCCGCCAGUAUACAAGCCUGAGCCAAAGCCAAUGCCGCCGGUAUACAAGCCGGAGCCGAAGCCUACGCCGCCGGUAUAUAAGCCGCAUCCAAAAAUCUUGCCACCGAUGGUUCCGAUUUAUAAGCCGCAUCCAAAAAUCUUGCCGCCGCCAAUUCCGAUUUACAAGCCGCAUCCGAAAAUAUUGCCGCCAAUGAUUCCGAUUUACAAGCCGCAUCCGAAAAUAUUGCCACCAAUGAUUCCGAUUUACAAGCCGCAUCCAAAAAUCUUGCCGCCGUUUUAUAAGAAACCAUGCCCACCAUUUGCAGUGCCGAAGCUUCCGCCGCUACCCACCUUUCCACCGAAACAUUUCCAUCAUCCUCUCAUACCGGUGCCACCUCAUAAUUAA